AUGGCAGACUACUUUUGCUGUCCCAGCGAUACGACAUGUCUGGUCCUGGCAGAGAAAACUACGGCCCUGUGCUGCCCAAAGGGAGCUUCAUGCGACAUCAUCUCGCCCAUCAUCUGCGAUAUCACGGCGCAAGAUGUCGUCGAAAACCCGACGAGCCCGAUCCAUACCACAAAACUCAAGGAGGCCCUGCCAUCGUGCGGUAGUAGGUGUUGUCCAUUCGGCUACACUUGUCGGGGCGGUUCUGCCUGCGUCUUGAAUCAGGAGCAGAAGUCUCAAACUAGCAGUUCGGUCUUGCCCACAACAAGCACAAAGACCACAACGUCGGAGACACAGGCGACCACCCAGGCAGUGAUAUCGACAUCCUCUGAGAGCAUUCCAGCCGCACCCACACCAUCAGCCAGCCAGGGCCAGGAGCCUUCAGCACCAUCGGCCACAGUGCCAGCAGAGACACCUGCUGCAGCCACGUCCACUGGGAACUCAACUUCAGGAGGCAUCAUCGCAGGUACCACCGUCGCGGCAGUCGCCUCCGUCGCCGGGCUGACGUGUCUCCUCUGGUUGAAGCGGCGUUCCAUCUCCGAAAAGGUCGGCUCCGUGCGGUUCCCGCGGCCCUGGCAGCAGCUCCGCGAACAGAGCUCGGAGCAGGACGUCUCGUUGCCGCGGUACAACUCGCCGCCGCCGGCGUACACGAUAGAAAUGAAGGCGCCGCCGAAGCACACGGCGUUCAGACACUACAGUCCAGAGUCCGUGGGGGAUGUCGUGCCCGUCGAAUUGCCAGCCACGCCAGUUUCCUUUAGCGUGUGGACCGUUCGUACGGAGGGGGAGGCGAGGAGGCCGCGGUCUCACUAUGAGCCCUACCGACGUCCUUGA